AUGUCUGGCCUACCGUCCCCAACGGUUCUUGGCGCUCGAGUUGUCUACAGGGGCCUUAGAGCAGUCGAUGGAGCUCUUGAGAACGCUGCACUGGGCGUAGAGGCUAUCCAUCGAUCCUUCGCACCAUUGCCUGAUGUCACAGAGGACUAUGAUGAGAGUAAACCCGAAGGUUUGGUCGCAACCGGGAUUGAAGGUCUCAGGGCUCAGGUAAAGAGGGGAUUGCCUGUCACUGCUAAUCCUAUUAAAGCUACUGAAGCGCUGGUUGACAUUGCAGGAACGAAAGCUGGUCUCACCGAGGGUCUCGAUGACAGGAAGUUAGCUCUUGAAUAUCUCCUGACCUUCCUCUCUCGCGCUGACCCUGCAAUAACAACUCCCAUCGAACAUGGUGCUAUCCGAACUCUUUAUUAUGACCUCCCCCACCCACCUUCCACCCAAAUGGGCCAAGAUUACCAAUUCAGGUCUGCGGAUGGAAGUGGGAACUCUCCGUUGAAUCCUGAUAUAGGAAAGGCGGGCACACCUUAUUCCAGGAGUUGCACCGGGUUGAGGCCGCUUCCCGUGGCUGAUUUGCCUGAGGCUGGAUUAGUGUACGACGCGUUGAUUAAGAGGAAUGAGACCAAGUUUAAGGAACAUCCUGCUGGACUGAGCGGAUUGUUCUUCAAUUAUGCGACUAGCGUCAUUCACAGCGUAUUCCGUACUUCCCGUAUCGAUUGGAACAUCAACGAAACGUCUUCCUACGUCGAUUUGGGGAUGCUCUACGGAAAUACUCAGGCUCAUCAGGAUAAGAUUCGAUAUGUUGAUGGGAGGGGGAAGAUCCUUCCUGAUGUGUUCGCGGAAACGAGGUUGUUGAAUUUGCCACCUGCUGUGGUGGCUCUGUUGAUCGUUUUUAACCGGAACCAUAAUGACCUCAGUAAAAUUCAAGAACCCGAACCACCUUACAGCGGUACACCUGAAGUGAUCAAAGAUCCAGCGACGCAAGCGGCAGCUCCAAGGAAAUCGGCCAAGCGGAAGAAGCUUGAGAAGCAGGACCACGAAAUUUUCAACACGGCGAGGUUGAUCAACUCUGCGACGUAUGCGAGCGUGGUGUUGGGUGAUUACCUUUCGGCUAUUUUGGGAACUGUGAGGGAUGGAUCGAGCUGGACGUUGAACAUUCAGGGGGAGAGGCGGGAGAGUGAUCAUCGGCUGUUGGAGAGGGGUCAGGGGAAUAGUUGUUCGGUUGAGUUUAACGUCCUUUAUAGGUUGCAUCCUAGUAUGAGCAAGGAGGAUGCGGACUACGCGGGGGAACGAUUUUCUUGGUUGUUCUACGGCGGUAAGACGCCUCCUAACUGGGAUGAGCUUACUCCCGACAUUUUCGAACAAACUCUUGGAGCGCUGCAACUUCAGGUGUUGUACAAGAGCUUCAAGAAGGAGGAUGGCAGUGAUGCGAAGGCUACCCCGCCUGCACUCGACAGCCUAACGGAGCCCCAACUCAACGACGUCAUUAACGAUGGAAAACCGGUUGAUUACCUUCUUGAUCUGUUUACCUUCCGUGGGUUCAAGGAUGCGGAUGGUAAAUGGGACGUUAACCCUCGAGACCCCGACACCAAGAAAUAUAAAGAUGAACUUCUUGCUAGGGCUCUCGUUAGUGCGACGUCCGUUCCUGCGCACGCAUUCCAAGCUCGAGGUGUACCUGGAGUGAUGAGGGUGAUCGAAAUAUUGGGUAUCGAGCAGGCCAGGAACUGGGGAUCAUGCUCGUUGAAUGAGUUUAGGAAAUUUUUGGGGUUGAAGCCUUAUGCGACGUUCGAAGAGUGGAACCCUGAUAAGAGCGUCGCAGAUGCUGCUAAGAAGUUGUAUAGGACGACGGAUAACUUGGAGUUGUAUGUGGGGUUGGUAUCGGAGGAGAGCAAGAAGGUCAUGGACGGAGCUGGAUUAUGUCCUUCUUAUACCAUGUCUCGUGCUAUCCUCGCCGAUGCUGUUGCCCUCGUUCGGGGAGAUCGAUACCUCACGUACGAUUUCACUCCCUUUAACCUUACAACUUGGGGCUUCUUCGACGGUACCCGUAACGUGAAGAAUGCUUCAUGGGGUGGUGUUCUUGGCAAACUUUUUGCUCGAACUCUACCUCGUCAUUUCAACUCCACUUCCGUUUACACUCACUUCCCACUUAUCCGCCCAACCGGGCAUCGUUUCUCUAUGGAUAAGAUUCUAGCUAAACUUGGGCAAGCGAAGGAAUAUACCUUCACUCCGCCCCCGCCCAUUGGAGAGACGCACCUUAUUUCGGAUCCGAAUGCCAUCUAUGAUGGACUUGGGGACGCAGACCAUGUAACAGAGGGUCUUAUCACACUCUACGGCCAACGUAUCAAGAACGUUGGGCUCAGCCCCAGUUAUUUGACGGUGAUCGAUGAUCCAAGGUCAUGGGAGAAGGUGACGAAAUUGGUGCAAGAAGUUUUCGUUCCUGAUAGGGAGUUGGCGGAUAAUGGCAAGUGGUUCUAUAAUAAGACGAUCGAGUUGAUCGGACAGAAGUCGUAUACUGUGUUGGAGAAGGGUGGACCGAAGUAUGUGGAUAUCGUGAAGGAGGUGUUGAGGCUUGUCCCGGCUGGGCUACCUGUGAAGACGGCCUUCCAGCCGCACGGACUCUACUACGAGCAACAGAUCUAUCAGAUGCUCAAGGAGAUCCAUUCGUAUAUUUUCAUCGAGGGUGAUGCCACUUUGGAGAUUCCGGCUCAGAGGGAGGCGAGGGCCAAUGUAGUUCGUCUCCGCCGAUUCGUUAAGCUUAGCUUGGUGGAGGCCAAGGGCAGUCUUCCUGUCUCUCUUAUCAACGGUCUUGCCGGGUGGUUCCUUGGCGAUGUACCUCAAUUUACUAAUCGUGUUCUCAAACGUCUUCUUGGUUUGGGUGCUCCUCUUGAUGAGGUUGCCAACGAUAUCAUUGGCGUCAUCUCCUCCGCAUCUAUCGAACUCUCGCAGAUCUUCACGCAUGUCAUUAACUUCUACCUCCCUCCUGUGGACAAGAAUGCCGCCGAUUAUGCUUCGAAGCAAGAUCUUUAUGAAAAGAUUGUCCUCCUUGCUAGCAAGGGAUCUGAUCCUUUGGUACUCGCUACUCUUGAGGGUUACGUUCGUGAAGCUCUCCGACAUUCCUGUUGGCCCUCUCGCCAGCAAGGCGGGGACAGGCUGUACUUCGACUUCGGCAAGGUCGGAAAAGACGAAUCGGCGUUUAGCAACCCUGAGAACAUCAGCCCUGAGGACGUCGAGCCUCAACGUCCUCUUUCGGAUUAUGCUCACUAUCAUGGUGAUACGGUUUUCAAGAGCUUGGGUCCAGCGUUUGUCACCCGCGUGGCUGCGGAGGUUCUUCGCGCUGUGUUCUCUAAGCCUAACAUUUCACGUACGAAGGGCGUGGCCGGUACUCUUCGACGAUACCGUGAGCCUGUUAUCACUGUCGACGACAAGGUUUCGAUCAAAAAUCAAAAACUUGUUCGUUACCAGAAAGUCGAUGAGGACGGCGAGCUCGUCGAUACUGAUUGGUAUGAGACUGUGAACGAGUACAAGCUUACUCCCGGCGAUCCGACGGAGGCGGCUGAUCGAUGGUCCUACCUUGAUCCCGAAAUCGGUCAUCAGCCCAGUCUUGGGCUACGGGGCUCACCCUUACUUACGGCGCAUGAGGGCGUAGCUUGCUGUCCACUCUGGAGUCUCAUAUUUCUGCUCUUUCUUGUUUUCUCUCGCAUGCGAAACUCUCUUGCUUUAACGAACUCCAUGUCGAUGGUGAUUUUUAAGGAGUGUGGAUGGAUUUUUACCAAUUUAGACUGA